AUGAAGCAUUUCUUUAGGCUACCGACAGCAUUCCGGCCCAUUUCUAGGGUUUCCUUACGAUAUUCUAGUACUGAUACCGCUCAACCAAAAAUAUCAAAACUCAAAAUUAGUUUUAAUAAAAUUUCUGAAUCAAAUAGCGAAAAAAAAGAUAAUUUGGGUUCAAUUGACACACGAAAUUGUCUUUCGACUCAGCAAGAUGACAAACUAUCAAGCACUGAGCCCUCGAAGGCUUCCCUUCCACCAUCAUUACAAUAUGUUCGUGACUUGAUGGAUUUGUAUAAGGAUCAUGUGGUUUUAACACAAAUGGGGUCAUUUUAUGAACUUUACUUUGAACAAGCAAUUAGAUACGCUCCAGAAUUAAAUAUAUCAUUGACGAAUCGAGCUUAUAGUCAUGGCAAAGUUCCAUUUGCUGGGUUUCCUGUACACCAGUUAAGUCGACAUUUAAAAAUGCUUGUUAACAAUUGCGGAUACAGUGUAACUAUCGCAGAGCAAUUCAAAAAAAAGGACGUGGCAGAUAAUGAAGCCAAUAAAUUCUAUAGGAGAGUGACUAGAAUCGUUACUCCCGGCACUUUUAUUGAUGAAGCAUUUGAAAAUUUGAGGGAAAAUACAUAUCUCCUGAACAUCGAAUUUCCUGAAAACUGUAUGAGUCAAGUGGCAGACACGAGUCUAAAAGUUGGUAUAUGUUGGUGUGAUGUGAGUACUGGGGAGAUAUUUGUUCAACAAGUGUAUCUUAGAGAUUUGGUUUCUGCAAUAACAAGAAUUCAACCUAAGGAGAUUUUAUUAGAUGAAAGAUUACUUGAGUUUCAUAUCGAGUCAGGGACGUGGUAUCCUGAACUUGUUGAGCUUAAAAAAUUUUUUAUAAAAUAUCAGAAAAUGCCCAGUCAACAUCGCACUAUUGAAUCAUUCUAUGGGCUGUUUAAUUUGGGAGGUAAAGAAGCAACGGAAAGGCAAUUGAAAAUCCAAUUUCAAACUUUUACUCAGAAGGAGUUAGCUGCUUUGAGGAAUACAUUAAUAUACGUAAGUAAUCAUCUACCUGAUUUCUCUAUUAAUUUUCAGAUUCCUCAGAGACAAUUAGCAACGGCGAUAAUGCAAAUUGAUUCAAGAACCAGCACUGCACUUGAAUUGCAUUCUACUGUAAGAGACAACAAUAAAAAAGGCUCUCUGUUAUCAUCUAUAAGAAGGACAGUUACACCUUCAGGAACAAGACUUCUGUCUCAAUGGUUGAGUGGACCUUCCCUUGAUUUGAAAGAAAUUAAAAAGCGUCAGAAAAUUGUAGCAUUUUUCAAAGACAACCGUGAUAUCACUGAAACACUACGGACUAUGUUGAAAAAAGUAAAUGAUCUAUCCCGUAUACUUCAAAAGUUUAGUUUCGGAAGGGGCGAGGCAUUAGAACUUAUUCAAAUGGCACGUUCACUAGAGGUUUCAAGAGAAAUAAGAAAAUAUUUACUAAAUAACACGUCGUUGAUGAAAGCUACAUUAAAGAGUCAAAUCACACAGCUGACUGAGUCUUUAAAUUUUGAAAAAAAUUUGAUUGAUGAUAUUUUGAAGUUUUUAAAUGAGGAAGAGCUAGCAAAGUCACAAGAUGCUAAACAGAAUGCAGAUGUAACUAGAAUGCUUGACAUAGAUGUAAAAGACAAGAAAGAAAGUAACAAAGAUGAGAUUUUUGAAUUAAGAGAUUUUAUCGUAAACCCUUCGUUCAAUACCAAACUUAGGAAAUUGCAUGACACUUAUCAGGGCGUUUGGCAAAAAAAAACUGAGUACAAUGCUUUAUUAAAAGGUUUUUUUGUUGGCGACCUAGGUGCUAAGACUUUCACCUUGAAGGAAAGGCAAAACGGUGAGUAUGCCCUCCAUGUGACAGGAACAGCCUCUAGUUUAAAGAAAAUUGAUGAGUUAAUUAGUAAAUCGACGGAGUACCACGGAAGUUGCUUCCAUAUUUUGCAAAAAUCAAGCCAAACACGAUGGUUGAGUCACAAAAUUUGGACAGACUUGGGGCACGAGUUGGAAUUAUUAAAUUUAAAGAUUAGGAAUGAAGAGGCUAAUAUUAUUGAUCUUUUUAAAAGGAAAUUUAUUGAUAGAAGUAACGAGGUCAGACAAGUUGCAACUACACUGGGCUAUCUUGAUACCUUAUCGUCCUUUGCUGUGUUAGCUAACGAGAGAAAUUUAGUCUGCCCAAAAGUGGAUGAGAGCAAUAAACUAGAAGUAGUGAAUGGGAGACAUCUAAUGGUUGAAGAGGGUCUUUCCGCGCGCUCUUUGGAGACAUUCACGGCCAAUAACUGCGAAUUGGCGAAGGACAAUUUAUGGGUAAUUACCGGACCGAAUAUGGGUGGUAAAUCUACAUUCUUAAGACAGAAUGCAAUUAUAGUCAUUCUGGCGCAAAUUGGAUGUUUUGUUCCAUGCAGUAAGGCGCGUGUGGGUAUUGUAGAUAAGCUUUUUAGCCGAGUUGGUUCAGCAGAUGAUCUGUACAAUGAGAUGAGUACGUUCAUGGUUGAGAUGAUAGAAACAUCGUUCAUCUUGCAAGGAGCUACGGAACGGUCUUUAGCUAUUCUAGAUGAGAUUGGCCGUGGGACUAGUGGUAAAGAAGGCAUUAGCAUCGCUUAUGCAACUUUAAAGUAUUUGUUAGAGAACAAUCAAUGCAGAACGCUUUUUGCUACACAUUUUGGUCAAGAACUGAAGCAAAUCAUUGAUAACAAAUGUUCGAAAGGAAUGAGCGAAAAGGUCAAGUUUUACCAAAGCGGAAUCACUGAUUUAGGUGGAAACAAUUUUUGUUACAACCAUAAGUUGAAGCCGGGCAUCUGCACGAAAUCAGAUGCCAUUAGAGUUGCGGAAUUGGCCGGAUUUCCAAUGGAAGCGUUAAAAGAAGCCCGCGAAAUAUUGGGAUAA